UUUAGUCGUAGAUAUCACAUGGAAAACAGUGCUUACAGUUAACAAAGAAGAGAAGAUUUGACGGUUGUUCAGCCAACAUUUGGGUUGCACUCUACCAGCUGAUGGGGGGGAUGUCCAACUAAGAUGCAGAUAUGCUGUGUGGACCAAACAUGAUGGAGGAACUCCGAGCUCAGCUAAAGCCUGUCUUACGAGGAAAAGAAGGCAAAGAAGAAUAGAUCAUUGUCUUGGACAACAUGGACACCUGCUGCCUGGAAGACCACAAAAAGAUGGAUUCCAACAAAGUAUGGCAGUGGCGCGUUAUGUGUGGAAAGAAACUUUCAGUAUGUCUAGAACCAUUCCAUCACAGCAAUAGAAUAGGGUUGGAUUUUAAUGUGGCAUCCAACACACAGAAAAAAAUUGACUUGCAAUUUGUGACAAAUGGGGUGAUACUUGAAGUCUGUGACUUUGCUAAAACAGUCAACAAGAGUAAAGGGCAUUUUAUCACCAGCAUUCUUGAGAACAAUUUUGAUCUUGGGUUGGAAAAUGAGCAACAGCUGACUGACUUUACUGCUCAAAUUCUGCACAAAGUCAAAGACCUGAUUAAGAAACCUCCUGAAGAUAAAGAAGAAGUGUUUACUCUCUUUGACUUGUCAUCAAAGCCAGAAUGCAAAACCAACAAUGGGCUGAACAUGGCAUCUGCAGAGCGGAAGACUGAAAGUGUUGUAGUGGAGAUGGAUGAUACUGCACAUGGAGAUCAAUACGCAUGUUCACAAGCAACAUCCAAAGAAUACAUGAAGAUGGAAAGUCUCUUGGAAGACAUGGAAGGAGCACACGGUGACGACAGUGAAGAUAAGGAUGGAUUUAAGGGAUCUGGAGCAAUGUCAGCAGAAGAACUGAUUGAGGAUGCUUUUCUCCCUAAAUUUCCUUAUUGUGAGGAAAUGUGUCUGAACCUUGAUGUUGGGUCAAAACAAAGUCUAGAUCCAGGUCUGUUGACAAAGGGUGUGAUGUUAGAACUGGUACACUUCACCAACAUACUGGCUGCAUCCUUCACACCUAUCGUCCUGGGGGUGCUGGAGCACAAUUUUGAACUUUAUCUCAAGAGUCAACAUGGAAACAAUCUAAUUUGGUUAAGGAUAUCGAACUUACUAAGAAGAAGAAAUGGUCUUAUCACCACUGGUAGUGAGAUAAGCAUGGAGUUUAAAAAUAUGCCGUUUUCCUUCCAAGUAACCAGAGGCUCAGCACCUUCCAAUAUGGAAGUCCAGCAGAAUCUGUUUCAGGAAGUGACAAAGGCAAGACGAUCUGGUUCAAACAAAGAGCACAGAAGAGAAAAGUCUAAAGACAUGGAGACAAACACACACUCUCAUCACACUGAAUUGUGUCCCACUCGAACGUCAGAGGGAGAUCAUUGUCAAACUGGUUCUCUAUCAGAGUUUGAUCUAGACUCCUUCACUGGCAAUGAAUGUGACAAAGAACAGGAGGAUGUAGAAAUGGAGAACUACCACACUUGUCCACAAGGAGAGUCUGAUCUCGACUCGGACAAAGUCACAAACUCUGGCUGA